AUGUGGCUACUUCUCUUGAUACUCGCGGCACUCUCUGACCUCAUGCCGAGCGGUGCAACUCUUGGCCCUCUGGAGCAGGCUAUGGAGUUUAAUUACAAAGUCGUCUUUACUCGGCAGCCCCCACCGCGUGGACUUGGCAGGGAACAGUACUACCCAGUGCGUCUCAGCAAUGGGUCCGCGUUUGUUUGUGUCGUGCCGGAGGGUUCCCAGCAGCAUGAGAGCCCUGCGGCGCUCUUUGAGGUGAACCGUAGCGUUCCAGCGCAGUUCCUCCAGCGCAUCGACGAAAGCUUCCGUGACUUGUGCGUCAGUCUGCUUGAGGGGUGGUGGACCUACAGAUUCUGCUGGAACAACGAUGUGGUACAGCUGCACCUGCCGAUGAUGACUUUGGGAGACGGGGUUUUGUUGGAGACGGAGCUGCAAGGGUCGCCGACGCACUUUCUGCUUGGUGUGGCCCCAUCUAAGGAGGCCUUGAGCUUCCACUUCGGCAUGGAUGCUUUUGGGGAACGCUUCAUCAGAACACGGUAUCCCAACGGCGAUCUCUGCGACCUCACAAAGGCCCCACGAGAGACGGAGAUUCGUUUGUACUGCGCACGGAACAACGAAAUUGAAACGAUGACGUUGCGCGAGGUGGAGGUAUGCCGCUAUGUGGCGAGCGUGACCUCCAAGCUUGCCUGCAUUCCAGCGCUGCAGCAAGAAAUGACGGAGCGGCUCAUGACAUGUCAUGAGCUUCUUUUUAGAAGUCCGAAGGCGGGUCAACCUACCUUCUGA